AAUCGUUAUUUCGUACUCAACGAAUGAGCAAGGCCACCGGUUUCCGCGCACCGCACCCAAAUCAUAUCGUUUGAGAAGUGAGGGAUAAAAAAAAUAGGAUUUUUGGUAUUUGGCUUGGUGCUGUAGUGCCGUUUUUCUAAUGUAUGCAUCUAAGAACUUUUGUGUAUGUUAGUUUUCGAUGGAUUAGUGACAUUUUAUGAAUAUAAGCGUAUGUAUUCGUGAUUUGGUGAACGUUACAUUAGGAUAGCGCAGUCUGGACCUUUUGGCUCGUCUUUGAAAUCUUUCCGGAAGUGAUCCUGAUUUCUAGCGAGCAAUCACAGUAUGAACGAACUGGAUUCUCUCAGACAAGAAGCAGAGACCUUGAAGAAUGCUAUCAGAGAUGCUAGGAAGGCAGCAUGUGAUACCAGCCUCGUGCAGGCAACUGCUAGCCUCGAGCCAAUCGGCCGAGUGCAGAUGCGGACGAGAAGAACACUCAGAGGUCACUUGGCCAAGAUAUACGCCAUGCACUGGGGUUCGGAUUCCAGAAAUUUGGUUUCUGCCUCGCAAGACGGCAAACUCAUAGUAUGGGACAGUCAUACUACCAAUAAAGUUCAUGCAAUCCCUCUCAGGUCUUCUUGGGUUAUGACCUGUGCAUAUGCUCCUUCAGGAAGCUAUGUCGCUUGCGGAGGGCUGGACAACAUAUGUUCUAUCUAUAGCCUGAAAACGAGAGAGGGCAAUGUUAGAGUUAGCAGAGAACUUCCAGGUCACACAGGUUAUUUGUCAUGUUGUCGAUUCCUCGACGACAACCAGAUUGUAACCAGCUCAGGUGAUAUGAGCUGUGCUUUGUGGGAUAUUGAGACAGGUCAACAAGUUACAUCCUUCUUAGGUCACACAGGUGAUGUAAUGUCAUUAUCGCUAGCACCAGACAUGCGCACCUUCGUUUCCGGUGCUUGUGAUGCUUCCGCCAAAAUGUGGGACAUCAGAGACGGAGUUUGUAAACAAACCUUCCCAGGACAUGAAUCAGACAUAAACGCCGUCACAUUUUUCCCUAAUGGGUACGCGUUCGCAACAGGUAGUGAUGACGCCACGUGUCGUUUGUUCGACAUAAGGGCAGAUCAAGAACUGGCGAUGUACAGUCACGACAACAUCAUCUGCGGUAUAACGAGCGUCGCAUUCAGUAAAUCUGGUAGAUUACUGUUGGCAGGUUACGACGAUUUCAAUUGCAACGUGUGGGAUUCUAUGAAAACGGAAAGAGCAGGAAUACUAGCAGGCCACGACAACAGAGUAAGCUGUUUAGGUGUAACCGAAAACGGUAUGGCAGUGGGAACAGGUUCGUGGGACAGUUUUCUGCGUAUUUGGAACUAGACAACCUGUUGAAAAGCAACAAAGGUUCUUUUUCCACCCACAUCACACUGAUGAUGAUUCAUUUGAUAUAUUUUCUCAGCAUUUAUACAAUUCGAUGGGUAGUUUCAUUAGUGUGCUUCAUCAUUUCAUGUCUCAUCUUGUUGAACGAAUAUAAAUAUCCUUGUAUGAAUUUUAUAAUUUAUUAUUCGUCAAAUGUAUGUACUGUUUUCAUUUGAUUAUUUGAAAAAAUUGUAAUUAUUAUUUUAAAAUUUAUAAAUGACUUUAUUUAAUA